UAUAAUACUUUUCUUUCAUAUUUAGAGCAUAAAAACAGUCGAAGUAAUGGCAUUUGAGAAAUUUUGGAUUAAUAUAAAAUCAACCAAGUACAUGUUUAUUGAGACAUGUACAAGGCAGAAACAAAGAAAGAAAGAUAUACAAUGUGGUGGUGCCCACACUUGCAUUAACUCGUUAAGGUUGAGACAGAACAGAAGAUAUUACUAUAUGUUUAUAUGUCCUCGGCUUUCUCGCAUGAUGGCAUCCAUGUCCGCAGCAAGCCAGCUAAAUCUACAUGAACAUGAAUUCCUCGAAAAUUCUUUUAAUUUAGUGGCACUGUGGAGAUGACAUAUUCCUCCGCAAUCUCUUUCGUGAUAGAGAAGGGCUGCUGCAUCUCUCUUGAUCUUGUACCAUGGAAAAUUCUUCAAUAUAUAUAGUUUAGGAGAAUUGAAUUUACGUGCUUGUCUUCUUCAACCCUGCAGAGCAUCAAUGCUUGAAUGCCCCCUCGUGCCUCCCUGCACCCUCAUAGUUGGCAUAUUCCAUGAAUAACCUCUAAUUCUAAGUGCUACAACCUUUGUCAGGACCCCUACCGAAUUAAAUUCAUGGACCCACCACCAUUCUGAAAUGAAAACCACAUGACAAAAUUUUGAUCAUGCUACUUACAUCCACCAUGUCACAAAAUUUAUGUUAUUAUAAUGAUUUUUUCUUGCAGAAAAUGUAGACUUUUUGGAGUUUAUGUUGAAAUUUUGUUUGUUUUAAUUUGUUUUGUCUCAUUCUUGCUGUUCUUUUUUUUAUAGAUUUAUGGGUUUAAGUAUUUGAGCUGUCUUUUAUUCGUUGCCAUCGAGACUUUAGAGGACAUUGGAUGGAUUUUCCAAUGAACAAGAAAGGUAGCCAUCAAUGAUCAAACAAGAACAAUGCGUAAAACUCAAUUUUGUAUGCACCCAGACCCAGUAACUGACAAGCAAAACAGCAUUCAAAGCUAACAAGAAUGGAAAAAGGAAACGACAAAACCAAUCUAGGCCUUGGGGCCAGGGGGAUAUCUCCAAUGUGAACUUUGAGCAUUCUAAUUUCAAACAGAAUGGCGUGGUUUUGGGACCAGAGCCGCUGACGAAAAAUGUCUUGGAAGAAUGAGAAUAAAACUGCUGUGGAAUUGGCCACCGGGAUUGUUGGGAAGUGGAAGGAGACUUAUGAAUGGAUACCCAUAUUCGGAGGUUUUGCCACUAUUGCACUGGCAUUUUCAGUUGGUGCCAACAAUCUUCCAGCCCCGUUCUCAACAUCUGUAGGGUCAGGGGCUUUAACCCUUUUGAAGGCCUCAAUCAUGGCUUGCGCCAUAUAUGUUCCUGGAGCGGCCUCUGCAAGCAACAGUACUGUUAAUGCUUUAUUUUCUUAUUUCCUGAAAGAGAGUCAACCCACUGAAGGUUUCUUGAUGUGGAGUAUGGUAGUUGUUCUCCUCACAGCGACGAUAUGGCUCGCACUUGCAACAUACCUAGAGUUGCCGGUGUCAUCUCAGCAAUCAAUACAGGGAGCUAUGUUAGGAACCGUGCUAGCUGCAGAAGGUUUUGACUACUUACCACUAUGGAGCAAGAAUGAAAAUCACAACUUUAAUGGUGGAGGACUGCUCUGGAUAUUGCUUGAAUGGACUUUUGCCCCGUUAAUUGCCUGUCUUUGUGCAUGUUUCCUCUUUGCUGUCUUGAAGAGUUCUCUACUUCGCCAUGAAAAUGCAAGGAAAAGGAUUCUUAUUUUCCUUCCUAUUGACUACGGAAAAUCUGCAGGAUUGCUUUGCUUCUUCAUCAUGUCUCAGGUCAUAGGAAACUAUGUGGAUGUUAAUAGAUUGACUGUUGUAAUUGCUGUUGCAGGUUCUGCCUUGAUUGGAGCAUUAUUGUCUUUGGCUGUGGUGGUUCCGUUGGCAAUGAAAAAGCUUGCUGCUACCGAAAAUUAUCGAACAUCCAAGCAAAACGCAUCUAUGAAGGAUGAAUCUGUAGAAAGUCCAGUAACUGAAGGCCAGUCUAGUGGUGCAAAAGUGGAUGAUGAUGUUGAUGAUAUAUUGAAAAACUUUAUGCAGAUGAGAGUCCUUGAUACAGUCUAUGAAGAGGAAGAAAGAAGUUGGGCUUCACCGGAUGUGAUCCAAAAGUCUGAUCAGGUUCAACCUGUUUCUCAGUGUAGUGCUAAUACUAGUGCAGAGCAAUCCACUCCAUUUAAACAGCUGCUUAAGUCUACACCAAACAGGCUGGUACAAACAAGGAACUUUCAGAGGAUGAAAAAACCAACACCAAUUGAAAAUGCCAUUAAGUUUGUCAGAGAUAUGACAAAGUCCACACUUUCCCCUGUCCUUGAGUACGACAGAAGAACUCUCAUUCGGCAUGCCUUGGCUGAAAAAUACGAUGAGAUAGAAGACUGCUUCAGUUUUCCUCAACUUCUAGCAUCAAGCAUCUUUGCGCUUAUUCAAUCCGCCAGUGAGAUAGCUGUUGUUGUGAAUCCAUUUGUAGCUAUUCUUGAUGUGUUCAAGCAUAGAUCAAAAUAUUCUGGAAAUAGGGAAGAUGCGGGUCAUCUGCAAGUGAAGUGGUGGUUUAGAGGCAUUGGAGGACUUGUUGCUGCAAUGGGAUUUUUCCUAUGCGGGUGGAGGCUGACUCAAUGCCUUGGUGGAAAGCUAACAUACAUGAGCAACUCCAGAGGUUGGGCAUGCCAGUUGUCAACAGUGGCAGCAAUGAUCAUAGUUGCCAUGGUGAAUCUACCUGUUUCGAGCGUCCAUGCUUUUAUUGGUUCUUUGGUAGGAGUUGGGAUAGCAGAUGACCUCCGGAAUGUUAACUGGAAGCUCCUAUGCAAAUUCCUAUGUGGGUGGAUCAUGACCAUAAUCUUUAGCUGUGGGUUUGCUUAUUUGACAUUCUCUGCCUCCAUACACACUCCGGCCUAUGCAGUGCCCUGAUCUUCGAGUCCAUAGGCCCUUCUAUUUUGCUCAAUCAAUGGCUAUCUUGGUUCUUCAUUUUCCUUCGUCACACCAUUUGAAUACUACUUAAUCCAUUCAAAUUAAGAAUGCAUAUACUGUAAAAUGAUUGAAAAAACUAAAAAUAAAAGAAGAAUGUAGUGUUUUAAGUAGUUCCUCUCAGCCAUAAAUGAACUACCCGUGCAGAAGUUGGUUUUAACUUUUGCCACAAAUGAACAAGUGGAAUUCGAAUCCAAAAAAAUAUAUUAAUUCUGGCCCAUGCAGGUCUCGAACCUGCGACCUUCGCGUUAUUAGCACGACGCUCUA